GUUCAAGCGUUUCACGGUGAUAUUUUAAUGGAACGAUCGGAAUUUUGGGAGAUGUACGAUUCGUCGUUAUACGAAUGGUUACGUGUCAAGUACGGAUGUAGAAAUACAAUUCCUGAUUUAUACGAAAAAACUUGCUCAUCAGCAAGAUACUGA